AGGUUGAAGUAGGCAAUAAACUGGUAGGUCACUGGCCCAGCUGUGCUUCCAAAACUUUUAUGGUUUUAUUAUUUGAUGCCAGACAACCACAUGAACAACAUCACUUACCAUUAGGUUUUGUGAUUUAGUUUUCAGUGUCCUAUUUGUUGAAUACAUGUGUUUUCUGUGAUUCACUUGGAUUAUCAGGUUUCAUGAAAGUAGCUGCUGUCACUCCUACCUUGUCACUCCCUCUGUAGCUGAGGGAGGAGUAAUUUACAAAAUAAGAGGAAUGUGAAGUCAGACAACUCUGUACCUGGAGUGGGGACAAAUCAAAUAAGUCACAAUGGAAAGAAUAGUCCUUUGUUGGAUAUUGUUGCUUCUCUAUUUAUAUGAAUCAUCUGGGCAAGGAUCAACCACAGCUCUGCCUCAAACCUUUACAGCUGAAACCACCACAUCUGAGGCUGUGACAACCACAGCGGCACCAACCACAACUCUGCCUCCAACCACUACAACUCCAUCGCUAAUAAUUACAACUACAGACACCACAAUAACACCUCAAACCACUACAAAUGCAGCCACUACAACUUUGCCUCAAACCACUACAACUGAAGCCACCACAUCUGAGGCCGUGACAACCGUAAGUGCUCCCACCACAACUCCUCCUCCAACCACUACAACUGCAGCAACAGUUCCAACUCAAUCCACGAAAGCUGCAGCCAGUACAACUCCUUCUCCAUCCACAAAUGUUGCAGCCACCACAAAUCCAUCUCAUACCACUCAAACCACACAAAUUGCAGCCACCAUAAUGACUACAUCUGAGACUGUGACCACCACAAGUGAACAAAACACAACUUCAUUUGCAACCACUAUAAUUUCCACCACCACAACUCCACCUCAAUCCACUAAUACUGAAGCCACCACAUCUGAAGCUGUGACAACCACAAGUGCAGCCACCACAAAUCCACCACAAACCACUACAGCUGCAGCCACCACAACUCCAUCUCCAACCACUACAACUGCAGCAACAGUUCCAACUCAAUCCACGAAAGCUGCAGCCAGCACAACUCCUUCUCCAUCCACAAAUGUUGCAGCCACCACAAAUCCAUCUCAUACCACUCAAACCACACAAAUUGCAGCCACCAUAAUGACUACAUCUGAGACUGUGACAACCACAAGUGAACAAAACACAACUUCAUUUGCAACCACUAUAAUUUCCACCACCACAACUCCACCUCAAUCCACUAAUACUGAAGCCACCACAUCUGAAGCUGUGACAACCACAAGUGCAGCCAGCACAACUCCAUCUUCACUGAUUACAACUUCACCCUUGACCAUAACAACUACAACCUCCACAAUCCUAUCUCCUACCACUACAACUGCAGCCAGCACAACUCUGCCUCAGACCACAACAACUGAAGCCUCCACAUCUGAGGCUGUGACAACCACUACAACAGAAACCACCACAACUCCCCCUUCAAUUACAACAACUGCAGCCACCACAACUCCAUCUCCAACCACUACAGUUGUGGCCACCACAGCUCCAUCGCCAACCACUGCAACUGUAGCAACAGUUCCAGCUCAAACCACAAGAACUGCAGUCAACACAACUCCAUCUCCAACCACUACAACUGCAAUCACCACAACUCCCCCUUCAACUACAACAGUUGCAACACCACUUCAAACCGCCACAACUACAACCUCCACAACCCCAUCUCCGACCAAUACAGCUGCAGCCACCACAACUCCAUCUCCAACCACUACAGUGGAAGCCACCACAUCUGAGGCUGUGACAACCACAACUGCAGCCAGCACAAUUGCGGCCACGACAACUCCACCAACAUCCACAACAACAGAAACCACAACAACUGUCCCUUCAACUACAAUAGUUGCAUCUGUAGCCACCACAACUCAAUCUCCAACCACUAUAAAUGCAGCAACAGCUCCAGCUCAAACCACAACAACUGCAGCCAUGACAACUCUGCCUCCAACCACCACAACUGCAGCCACCACAACUACAGCUCAAACCAGCACAACUGCUGCCACUGCAACACCACCUCAAACCAGCACAACUGCAGCCACCCCAACUCCAUCUCAAACUACAACAACUGCAGUUCCACCAUAUCAGUCUGUGACAGCAACAAGUACACCCACCACAACUCCAUACCCAACCACUACAACAGCAACCACCACAACUCCGUCUCCAGUCACUACAACAGCAACCACCACAAUGCCCCCUUCAACUACAACAGUUGCAGCCUCCACAAUCCCAUCUCCUACCACAAUAACUGCAGCCACCACAACUCUGCUUCAGACCACUACAACUGAAGCCUCCACAUCUGAGGCUGUGACAAACAAUACAACAGCAACCACCACAAGUCCCCCUUCAAUUACAACAACUGCAGUCUCCACAACUCCACCUCAAACCACUACAACUGCAGCCAUGACAACUCUGCCUCAGACCACAACAACUGAAGCCACCACAACUACAUCUCAAACCAGCACAACUGCUGCCACUGCAACACCACCUCAAACCAGCACAACUGCAGCCACUCCAACUCCAUCUCAAACUACAACAACUGCAGCCCCACCAUAUCAGUCUGUGGCAACAACAAGUACACCCACCACAUCUCCAUCCCCAACCACUACAGUUGCAGCCACCACAACACCACUUCAAACCGCCACAACUACAACCUCCACAACCCCAUCUCCGACCACUACAGUUGAAGUCACCACAUCUGAGGCUGUGACAACCACAAGUGCAGCCACCACAAAUCCACCACAAACCACUACAGCUGCAGCCACCACAACUCCAUCUCCAACCACUACAACUGCAGCAACAGUUCCAACUCAAUCCACGAAAGCUGCAGCCAGCACAACUCCUUCUCCAUCCACAAAUGUUGCAGCCACCACAAAUCCAUCUCAUACCACUCAAACCACACAAAUUGCAGCCACCAUAAUGACUACAUCUGAGACUGUGACCACCACAAGUGAACAAAACACAACUUCAUUUGCAACCACUAUAAUUUCCACCACCACAACUCCACCUCAAUCCACUAAUACUGAAGCCACCACAUCUGAAGCUGUGACAACCACAAGUGCAGCCAGCACAACUCCAUCUUCACUGAUUACAACUUCACCCCUGACCAUAACAACUACAACCUCCACAACCCCAUCUCCGACCAAUACAGCUGCAGCCACCACAACUCCAUCUCCAACCACUACAGUUGUGGCCACCACAGCUCCAUCGCCAACCACUGCAACUGUAGCAACAGUUCCAGAUCAAACCACAAGAACUGCAGUCAACACAACUUCAUCUCCAACCACUACAACUGCAAUCACCACAACUCCCCCUUCAACUACAACAGUUGCAACACCACCUCAAACCGCCACAACUACAACCUCCACAACCCCAUCUCCGACCAAUACAGCUGCAGCCACCACAACUCCAUCUCCAACCACUACAGUGGAAGUCACCACAUCUGAGGCUGUGACAACCACAACUGCAGCCACCACAAUUGCAGCCACGACAACUCCACCAACAUCCACAACAACAGAAACCACAACAACUGUCCCUUCAACUACAAUAGUUGCAUCUGUAGCCACCACAACUCAAUCUCCAACCACUAUAAAUGCAGCAACAGCUCCAGCUCAAACCACAACAACUGCAGCCAUGACAACUCUGCCUCCAACCACCACAACUGCAGCCACCACAACUACAGCUCAAACCAGCACAACUGCUGCCACUGCAACACCACCUCAAACCAGCACAACUGCAGCCACCCCAACUCCAUCUCAAACUACAACAACUGCAGUUCCACCAUAUCAGUCUGUGACAGCAACAAGUACACCCACCACAACUCCAUACCCAACCACUACAACAGCAACCACCACAACUCCGUCUCCAGUCACUACAACAGCAACCACCACAAUUCCCCCUUCAACUACAACAGUUGCAGCCUCCACAAUCCCAUCUCCUACCACAAUAACUGCAGCCACCACAACUCUGCUUCAGACCACUACAACUGAAGCCUCCACAUCUGAGGCUGUGACAAACAAUACAACAGCAACCACCACAAGUCCCCCUUCAAUUACAACAACUGCAGUCUCCACAACUUCACCUCAAACCACUACAACUGCAGCCAUGACAACUCUGCCUCAGACCACAACAACUGAAGCCAUCACAACUACAUCUCAAACCAGCACAACUGCUGCCACUGCAACACCACCUCAAACCAGCACAACUGCAGCCACUCCAACUCCAUCUCAAACUACAACAACUGCAGCCCCACCAUAUCAGUCUGUGGCAACAACAAGUACACCCACCACAUCUCCAUCCCCAACCACUACAGUUGCAGCCACCACAACACCACUUCAAACCGCCACAACUACAACCUCCACAACCCCAUCUCCGACCACUACAGUUGAAGUCACCACAUCUGAGGCUGUGACAACCACAAGUGCAGCCACCACAAAUCCACCACAAACCACUACAGCUGCAGCCACCACAACUCCUCCUCCAACCACUACAACUGCAGCAACAGUUCCAACUCAAUCCACGAAAGCUGCAGCCAGCACAACUCCUUCUCCAUCCACAAAUGUUGCAGCCACCACAAAUCCAUCUCAUACCACUCAAACCACACAAAUUGCAGCCACCAUAAUGACUACAUCUGAGACUGUGACCACCACAAGUGAACAAAACACAACUUCAUUUGCAACCACUAUAAUUUCCACCACCACAACUCCACCUCAAUCCACUAAUACUGAAGCCACCACAUCUGAAGCUGUGACAACCACAAGUGCAGCCAGCACAACUCCAUCUUCACUGAUUACAACUUCACCCCUGACCAUAACAACUACAACCUCCACAACCCCAUCUCCGACCAAUACAGCUGCAGCCACCACAACUCCAUCUCCAACCACUACAGUUGUGGCCACCACAGCUCCAUCGCCAACCACUGCAACUGUAGCAACAGUUCCAGAUCAAACCACAAGAACUGCAGUCAACACAACUUCAUCUCCAACCACUACAACUGCAAUCACCACAACUCCCCCUUCAACUACAACAGUUGCAACACCACCUCAAACCGCCACAACUACAACCUCCACAACCCCAUCUCCGACCAAUACAGCUGCAGCCACCACAACUCCAUCUCCAACCACUACAGUGGAAGUCACCACAUCUGAGGCUGUGACAACCACAACUGCAGCCACCACAAUUGCAGCCACGACAACUCCACCAACAUCCACAACAACAGAAACCACAACAACUGUCCCUUCAACUACAAUAGUUGCAUCUGUAGCCACCACAACUCAAUCUCCAACCACUAUAAAUGCAGCAACAGCUCCAGCUCAAAACACAACAACUGCAGCCAUGACAACUCUGCCUCCAACCACAACAACUGCAGCCACCACAACUACAGCUCAAACCAGCACAACUGCUGCCACUGCAACACCACCUCAAACCAGCACAACUGCAGCCACCCCAACUCCAUCUCAAACUACAACAACUGCAGUUCCACCAUAUCAGUCUGUGACAGCAACAAGUACACCCACCACAACUCCAUACCCAACCACUACAACAGCAACCACCACAACUCCGUCUCCAGUCACUACAACAGCAACCACCACAAUGCCCCCUUCAACUACAACAGUUGCAGCCUCCACAAUCCCAUCUCCUACCACAAUAACUGCAGCCACCACAACUCUGCUUCAGACCACUACAACUGAAGCCUCCACAUCUGAGGCUGUGACAAACAAUACAACCGCACCCACCACAAGUCCCCCUUCAAUUACAACAACUGCAGUCUCCACAACUCCACCUCAAACCACUACAACUGCAGCCAUGACAACUCUGCCUCAGACCACAACAACUGAAGCCACCACAACUACAUCUCAAACCAGCACAACUGCUGCCACUGCAACACCACCUCAAACCAGCACAACUGCAGCCACUCCAACUCCAUCUCAAACUACAACAACUGCAGCCCCACCAUAUCAGUCUGUGGCAACAACAAGUACACCCACCACAUCUCCAUCCCCAACCACUACAGUUGCAGCCACCACAACACCACUUAAAACCGCCACAACUACAACCUCCACAACCCCAUCUCCGACCACUACAGUUGAAGUCACCACAUCUGAGGCUGUGACAACCACAAGUACACCCACCACAUAUCCAUCCCCAACCACUACAGUUGCAGCCACCACAAAUCCAUCUCAAAGCACUCAAACCACACAAACUGCAGCCACCAUAACGGCAAAGCCUGAAACCACUACAAAUACAGCCACAACUCCAUCUCCAACCACUACAACUGCAAUCACCACAACUCCCCCUUCAACUACAACAAUUGCAGCUAUGACAACUCCAUCUCCAACCACUACAAUUUCCACCACCACAACUCCACCUCAAUCCACUAAUACUGAAGCCACCACAUCUGAGGCUGUGACAACCACAAGUGCAGCCACCACAAAUCCACCACAAACUACUACAGUUGCAGCCACCACAACUCCAUCUCCAACCACUACAACUCCAUCUCCGCUCACUACAACUUCACCUCUGACCGUAACAACUACAACCUCCACAACCCCAUCUCCUACCACAACAACUACAGCCACCACAACUCCACCUCAAACCACUACAACUGCAGCCACUACAACUCCACCUACAUCCACAACAACAGAAAUCACCACAACUCCCACUUCAACUACAAUAGUUGCAGCCAUGACAACUCUAUCUCCAACCACUACGGGUGCAGCCACCACAACUCCAUCUCCAACCACUACAACUGCAGCCAUCACAACUCUGCCUCCAAACACUACAACAGAAACCACCACAACUCCCCCUUCAACUACGAGAGUUGCAGCCAUGACAACUCCAUCUCCAACCGCCACAACUACAACCUCCACAACCCCAUCUCAGACCACUACAGUUGAAGCCACCACAUCUGAGGCUGUGACAACCACAAGUGCAGCCACCACAAAUCCACCACAAACCACUACAGCUGCAGCCAACACAACUCCAUCUCCAACCACUACAGUUGAAGCCACCACAUCUGAGGCUGUGACAACCACAACUGCAGCCACCACAACACCACAUCAAAGCACCACAACUGCAGCCACUAUAACUCCAUCUCCACUCACCACAACUUCACCUCUGACCACAACAAAUACAACCACCACAACCACAUCUCCCACCACAACUACAGCCACCACGACUCCACCUCAAACCAGCACAACUGCAGCCACCCCAACUCCAUCUCAAACUCCAACAACAGCAGCUCCACCAUAUCAGUCUGUGACAACAAGUACACCCACGACAACUCCAUCCCCAACCACUACAACAGCAAUCACCACAACUCCCCCUUCAACUACAACAAUUGCAGCUAUGACAACUCCAUCUCCAACCACUACAAUUUCAACCACCACAACUCCACCUCAGUCCACUAAUACUGAAGCCACCACAUCUGAGGCUGUGAUAACCACAAGUGCAGCCACCACAAAUCCACCACAAACUACUACAGUUGCAGCUACCACAACUCCAUCUCCAACCGCAACAGUGGAAGCCACCACAACUGAGGCUGUGACAACCACAACUGUAGCCACCACAACUCCACCUCAAUCCACUAAUACGAAAGGCACCACAUCUGAAGCUGUGACAACUACAAAUGCAGCCAACACAACUGCAGCCACUACAACUCCAUCUCCACCCACUACAACUUCACCUCUGACCGUAACAACUACAACCUCCACAACCCCAUCUCCUACCACAACAACUACAGCCACCACAACUCCACCUCAAACCACUACAACUGCAGCCACUGCAACUCCACCUACAUCCACAACAACAGAAACCACCACAACUCCCCCUUCAACUACAAUAGUUGCAGCCACGACAACUCUAUCUCCAACCACUACAGGUGCAGCCACCACAACUCCAUCUCCAACCACUACAACUGCAGCCAUCACAACUCUGCCUCCAAACACUACAAUAGAAACCACCACAACUCCCCCUUCAACUACAAUAGUUGCAGCCACGACAACUCUAUCUCCAACCACUACAGGUGCAGCCACCACAACUCCAUCUCCAACCACUACAACUGCAGCCAUCACAACUCUGCCUCCAAACACUACAAUAGAAACCACCACAACCCCCCCUUCAACUACAAGAGUUGCAGCCAUGACAACCCCAUCUCCGACCACUACAAUUUCCACCACCACAACUCUGCCUCAAUCCACUAAUACUGAAGCCACCACACCUGAGGCUGUGACAACCACAACUGCAGCCACCACAACACCACAUCAAAGCACCUCAACCGCAGCCACUAUAACUCCAUCUCCACUCACUACAACUUCACCUCUGACCACAACAAAUACAACCACCACAACCACAUCUCCUACCACAACUACAGCCACCACGACUCCACCUCAAACCAGCACAACUGCAGCCACCCCAACCCCAUCUCAAACUCCAACAACAGCAGCUCCACCACAUCAUUCUGUGACAACAAGUACACCCACGACAACUCCAUCCCCAACCACUACAACAGCAAUCACCACAACUCCACCUCCAGUCACUACAACAGCAACCACCACAAUGCCCCCUUCAACUACAACAACUGCAGCCACAACAACUCCAUCUUCAACCACUACAGCUGCAGCCACCACAAAUCCAUCUCAAACCACACAAACUGCAGCCACCACAACAGCGAAGCCUGAAACCACUACAAAUACAGCCACUACAACUCUGCCUCAAACCACAACAUCAGCAGCCGCAAUUCCACCUCCAACUAAUACAACUGGAGCCACCACAGUUGUGUCUCCAACCACUACAACUGCAACCACCACAACUCAGGGUGUAAUGACCACAAGUACAACCACCACAACUCCACCUAUAACUGCCACAACAUCAGCAGCUGCGAUUCCCUCUCCAACCACCAUAACCCAGGGUUUAAUGACCACAAGUGCAACCACGACAACUGCACCUAUAACUUUCACAACAUCAGCAGUCCCAAUUCCACCUCCAACUACUGCAAGUAAAGCCACCACAGUUGCAUCUCCAACCACUGCAUCUGCAAUCACCACAGCUCAGGGUGCAAUGACCACAAGUGCAACCACGACAACUCCACCUACAACUGCCACAACAUCAGCAGCUGCAAUUCCACCUCCAACUACUACAACUAGAGGCACCACAGUUGUGUCUCCAACCACUACAACAGCAACCACCACAACUCAGAGUGUAAUGACCACAAGUGCAACCACCACAACUCCACCUAUAACUGCCACAACAUCAGCAGCUGUGAUUUCCUCUCCAACCACCAUAACCCAGGGUGUGAUGACUACAAGUGCAACCACUACAACUGCACCUAUAACUUUCACAACAUCAGCAGCCCCAAUUCCACCUCCAAUUAAUACAACUGGAGUCACCACACAUCCAGUUCUAGCAACAACAACAAAUGCAGUUGUCACAAAAAUACCCCUAACAACCACAUCUUCAACUGCUAGAACAAUGCCACCAAGCACCACUACCACACACCCAGCAACCGCAGCCACAUCCUCGGUCAUGUCAACAGGAGAAACAACAACCCAGGGAUUGGUAUCAGUGGCACAGCUACAGAUGAAGUUAACUUCUUAUGGAGAGGUCAGCAAUGGAACCAUCAUUAAACUUGUUGAACAGUUCUUCAGAGAGCAGCUCCUGAAUGGAAGUGCCCACACAUUUACAGUGACGAACAUUCAAAGGGUCCGAGUUGCCCCAUAGAAGCUUUGUGUGGCCAGAAAUAGUCACAAAAAAUGAAUGUAUAAAGACAGCAGUUUGAGGUUUCACUUGUUGUACUGUUCUAGUAGUUACUGUUCACAAUGUGAAAGGGGAGUUCAUCUCAAGUGUUUCAUCACACCCCUAGAGAUAUGUUUACUUUGAGUUUUCGACAGUUCGAGCAUCAUUUAUCAAUACUGAACUACGCUGUGCUAUGGUAAUCUACCACCAAAAGCUUCAAACCACCAAAAGUGCCUGGAUUACAAGAUUUUUUUUUGUUCAAAUAGAGACCAACAUUUUACUCUCAGUCCUUCUUGUCUUUCUUUAUCAUAAUUUUUGUCAAAUUAAAUAAUAAAAAAAAACAACUUUCUGACAAGUCUUUAUAAUCCCCAAACAAUAGUUUCAUUACCACACUGUUGGCUGUUUUUCCCAGUAAUAUGAAUAGUGAAGAUGUGCAUUCAGCUCAAGUGUCAAAUUACUUGCACAGCACAAUGGGAAGUUCAAAAGAAGCAAUCUGACCUGUCAAAGAGGUUUUUAAGUGGUGUCAAUAAUUCCCAUGUUUUGUAAAUGGAAGAGCAGCUGUCAUGCUGAAAAAGCCUGGUAACCAGGAAACUAUAAAACUAUGCUUAUUGCCCACUCCUCCCUUGGAUUAUAAAUACAUGAGGAAAUAUUUCAUUUCAGAAUAUACUGGCAACAAUGACCUUGCAGAGUGCCUCAUACCAAGUGUGUGGCAACUGUACUCCAAAUCAUGGAAAUAAAGUUUUGUGAAGUAUUAGUGACAAAAUACAGUCAUGUCCACUGAAUGGGAAUGUCUUUUUUUCUUGUGCCAUGAAGAACUGAAUUAUCAAACUUUUGCCAUGAGUCUUUCUAUUUUGAUAUUCAGAAUAUGAAAUCACUGCUUGUUUGUUAAGAGUGAACUGCUAUGCUAUAAAAAUAUCUCAGUACAAAAAAGGAAGUCUGAAACAUUCUGUGUUCAGGUUACAGGCUUGAGACAUACAUUAAUGAUUAAGCAUAAAUGUGUUUUGUUUUGUGUAAUUUUGGCCAUUUGCCCACUGUUUCAGUUUCCUGCAGUCUGUCAAGUACUCACAAAAUACACAUUCAAGGCUACCAGAUGUGUCCAAUACAUGAUCUCGAGAAAUACAUUUAAGAUGAAGUGUGUAUUU